ACGACCUCUCCCUCGCAGCUUCUUUCAACUUCUACCUCGAAAGACAGCAUUGCAAUUCAACUGGCAGAACCAAUUGCAUAGCAGCUGUCUGUUUUUGCCGCUGGCACCCUCGAUUCACACAAGCACAACCCGUCACGUCGCCCCCGCCACCCACCAUGUCGCUUCUUGAGGCGAAGGUCAAGAGCGUCCUCUCCGGAGACACGGUCAUCUUGCACAAUAUCAACAACCCCAAGCAGGAGCGCACCCUGAGCCUGGCCUAUGUUACUGCCCCGCGAAUGCGGCGGGAGGGAGACGAGCAAUUCGCCUUCGAGUCGCGCGACUUCCUCCGCCGCCAGCUUGUCGGCAAGGUCGUUCAAUUUAAGAUUUUGUAUAAAAUCCCCACAGGCGCCAACCGCGAGUAUGGCCUCAUCUCGCUGCCAAACCGAACGAACUUGCCUGAUCUCGCCGUCGCCGAAGGCUGGCUGAAGCUGCGCGAUGACGCAGGCCGCAAGGAAGACUCCGAGGAAGCUGCUGCUAUCCUGGAGAAGCUCCAGGUGUACGAGGCACGGGCAAAGGCCGAGUCCAAGGGCCUGUGGCAGGAGUCUGGCUCCCGCAUCAGCUCGUCUUCCGAGUUGAGCGAUGCAAAGCAGUUCGUUGAAGACAACAAGGGCCAGGAUCUCACUGCGAUCGUAGAAAAGGUUCUCGCUGGCGACCGCCUCAUUGUGCGCUUCCUUCUCUCGCCCACCGAGCAUGUUCAGACCCUCAUUCUCCUUGCGGGUAUCCGAGCCCCGGCUACGAAGCGAACCAGCCCCUCGGACGGCAAGGAACAACCCGCAGAGCCUUUUGGCGAUGAAGCACAGCAAUUCGUCGAGACACGGUUAUUGCAACGAAACGUUACUGUCAACGUAUUGGGAACCAGCCCUACCGGACAGAUCGUGGCGACCGUCAGACAUCCCACCCAAGGCAGCAUUGCGCCCUUCCUGCUCGAGGCAGGUCUGGCCAAGUGUACCGAUCACCACACCACGCUACUCGGCGGAGACAUGGCUGCGCUUCGACAAGCUGAGAAGAGGGCAAAGGACUCCAAGCAGGGCGUAUACCAAGGUCACGUUGCCCCGAAAGCUUCAACCGCUGGUCAGAACGAAGCCACCGUGAGCAGAGUCCAAAGUGCGGAUACGCUUUUCUUAAGGAACAAAGCUGGUGCAGAGAAGCGCAUCAACCUGAGCAGUGUUCGUCAACCAAAGCCCACCGACCCCAAGCAGGCGCCAUGGGUACCAGAAGCCAAGGAAUUCCUACGGAAAAAGUUGAUCGGAAAGCAUGUCCAGUUCCGCAUCGAUGGAAAGCGCCCGGCCACUGAAGGCUAUGAUGAGCGCGAGAUGGCCACCGUCACAUACCAAGGCAAGAACGUCGGUCUGCUUCUUGUGGAGAAUGGUCUGGCUUCUGUGAUCCGUCACCGCCAAGAUGACACCGACCGUAGCCCUAUCUACGACGACCUUUUGCUCGCCGAGUCAGCUGCUCAAGAGGCGCAGAAGGGAUUGUGGUCACCUAAGGCUCCUUCGGCGAAGCAAUAUGUUGACUACUCCGAGUCUCUCGAGAAGGCCAAGCGCCAGCUGACACUCCUUUCACGGCAACGCAAGGUUCCCGCCAUUGUUGAUUUCGUGAAGUCAGCAUCUCGAUUCACCGUGCUUGUCCCACGUGAGAACGCAAAGCUCACCUUUGUGCUCUCUGGCAUCCGCGCGCCACGUUCUGCACGCAACCCGACUGAGACGGGCGAGCCCUUUGGUCAAGAAGCACACGACUUCGCUAACAAGCGUUGCCAGCAGCGAGAUGUUGAAAUUGACGUAGAGGACUGCGACAAAGUCGGUGGCUUCAUCGGCGCACUCUACAUCAACCGCGAGAACUUCGCCAAGACCUUGGUUGAAGAGGGUCUUGCAUCAGUACAUGCCUACUCUGCGGAGAAGUCUGGCAAUGCAAACGAGCUGUUCGCUGCCGAGAAGCGGGCGAAGGACGCGCGGAAGGGAAUGUGGCACGACUACGAUCCUUCGCAGGACGAGGAUGCGGAGCAGGCCGAUUCUGGUGCUGAUGUCAACGGACAAAACGGCGACGCGGCGGUGGAACGCCGGAAAGACUACCGCGAUGUGCUCGUUACCCACGUUUCCGAUGAGGGGCGAUUGAAGCUGCAGCAAGUCGGAACAGGUAGCGCCGCCUUGACCGAGCUCAUGAACGCGUUCCGCAGCUUCCACCUGAACCCUACAAACAACCAGGGUCUACCGAACCCUCCCAAGGCCGGCGACUUUGUGGCUGCCAAGUUCAGCGCAGACGAUGAGUGGUACCGAGCUCGUAUCCGACGCAACGACAGGGAGGCGAAGAAGGCCGAAGUCGUCUACAUUGAUUACGGCAACUCGGAGACUAUCCCCUGGUCGCGCCUACGCCCUCUCUCGCAACCGCAAUUUUCUCCACAAAAGCUAAAGGCUCAGGCCCAGGAUGCACAGCUCUCGUUUGCUCAGUUGCCCAGCAACCCUGAAUACCUUGCGGAUGCGAUUCACUUCAUUUCACAAGAGACGGCCGACCGCCAACUUGUCGCUAACGUCGAUCAAGUGGACAAGGAUGGCACUCUCUGGGUGACCCUAUUCGACCCUAAGCAGAGCGACAAACCCGAUGAGAGCAUCAACGCGGAAGUAAUUAGCGAGGGUCUUGCGAUGGUGCCAAAGAAAUUGAGGGCGUGGGAGCGCAGUGCAACCGAUAUCCUUGGUGCUCUGAAGAAGAGGCAAACCAUCGCUCAAGAAGAAAGGAGGGGUCAAUGGGAGUAUGGCGAUCUUACCGAGGACUAGAUGCGCACGUAUGUCGUUAUCAGUUGCUUGCGGGAGGUGCGGGCUCUGUGACAGGAGACAUAUGCAUGUCGGGUGGCACGCGUUGCGCCCUGUUACGAAGAGACGGCCUAUGAAGACGGACUACGGAGGGAAGUUGAUCUUGCGGCUUGGUAAUCCUCUCGCUUUUGCCUAGUUGUUUUCUUGAAGAUGCAUAGCGGAAAAUGAGGACCAAAAGUAUAGUUGCCAUGCACAAUAGGAUAAGACACGAUCAUGGAUAUAGAGAUCCGCGGCCAGGUGUGAAGCGAAAGUUGGAAUCGAUUCCCGGCUCCGCCCGCGUGAUGUCGGC